GAAAAGAUUUAUUUAAUGAAAAUAUAGAUAUUGUAGUGGCAAAAUCGGUUGAAGGAAAUGAUUUUAAUUCUGGGAUACUCUUAAUUAGGCAUUCAAGUUGGAGUUUUAACUUUAUAAAUAAUUGGCAGGCUGUUAGAACUAAACGAAUGGUUGAACAAGGUUCUAUGUGGCAUCUUUUAGAUCAAUUUCCUGACUUUAAACAGCGAAUAUUGAUACUAAAUCACGAUGAUUAUCCACUUAGCGCGUCACUUCAAACCUGGAAAAAAGAUGAUUUCACUCUUAAUUACGUUUCUGAAAAUUGUCCUGCCAAGUUCAUAAAGAAUUCUCUUAAAGAAAUUGAAAGAAAUUGA